AGUCUACGGUAACUUCGAACAAAAUCAUUAAAUCCAAACCACAGUGAAUGAUGGAGUUCGAAGUUGAAAAAAUAUUGAAAAAGAGAUUCAAUGAAAAUCAAGAAUUUGAAUAUUUGUUGAAGUGGGUUGGCUUUGACAAAAGCGAAAAUUCAUGGGAACCAAAAAACAAUUUGGAUUGUCCAGAUUUGCUGGAAAACUUUGAGAAGAAGCGAAAAGGCGUUGUUUUGGGAGCCAAGCAGAAAAAUGGCGAAUUGUUUUUUUUGAUGCAAUUCAACGAAGGAACCGAGGAAAUCAUCGCCACCGAAGCAAACGAUUAUUGGCCGCAAAAUGUCAUUCACUUUUACGAAAAAAGAUUAAAUUGGACGCACCCAACUGAUGCAAAUGUUGCCGACGCAAUGCCAACGGUAGAAUCGACUGGCAUCAACGAUGACGAUGAACCAGAACAUAUUUUAUAUGCGACGCAUACACGGGAACUAUUGUUCUGGGUCCAAUUCAAGUCUCAUGGUGAAGAUAUUCCGUGCAAAUUUGUUGCGGCAAAAAAGGCAAAUAAGAUGUGGCCACAGCUUGUCAUUCGUUUCUACCAAAACCACAUCGUGUUCGAUUAA